AAAAAAAUAGUUAGUUAGCUCGCGAGUGAUCUAAGGAACGCUGACAUGGCAGUCACGUGGCCGAUUUCCCCCCCUCUUGAAUCGAUUUUAGCCUUACUUGAUCAAAUUAGCGAGUUGAUGGCCUAAAUCGAUCAAUUCAUGAAUUGUUGGCCUAAAUCAUGCAGUAAUCAAUUUGAGUUAAUGGACUAACUACACAUUUCACUCGUUAAUUUCCCCAAAAUCCAGUUCUUUCCAAGGGUGUGAAUCUUCGGCGAAUCCUAACCCCAGGCCGUGCGUACGUACAGAGCUAAGCUUUGCGAGCACCAUGUGGCCUUGCAGUGGGAGCCGAUUACUGUACUUGCAAGUUGCCCGGGCUCAACGGCUUCGGCCAGACCAAUACAGCACGGCGCGCCAGCAAAGCCCACCGGCGCGCAUCCGGCGGAUCCGAUCCUGAUCGAGAGCAUCGAAUCCAUGCAUGUGGCGACCAGCAUAAAUAACCGGCCAUGCGCUCCGUGAGCCGCCGUAAACAAUCAACCGGCCAUGCGCUCCGUCUCCGUGCCCCAAAGAUCAGGAAGCCCAACACCCAAUCAAGAUUUUGUUUUCUCAUAAAACAAAGCUGCGUCAACUUUGCCUGCCGGCCUGCCUCAUGGCGAGGCACAUGGAGGCCCCGCAUCACAAGCGAUACAACAACUUGUAACCUGUUAAGUAUAUCUAACAUCUACAGUAUAAACUAUCGCGUAUCCAACGGUUGAGCUUAGCCGCCCUAUAAGUAUGCGUUCAACUCUGCCGUUCACAUCACUGCCACGGAGUAGUUAGCAGCAAGCCGAUUAAUUAGCAGACAGUAGAUCACUUGCUGGCGGUGUGCAGUGUGUGAUCUGUGUGUGCAACUGGUCGAGUGAUCAUGGUGGCCAUGGCGUCCACCGAUCCGGCGCAGAAGCCGCACGCGGUGUGCGUCCCGUACCCUGCGCAGGGCCACAUCACGCCCAUGCUCAAGGUGGCCAAGCUGCUGCACGCCCGGGGCUUCCACGUCACCUUCGUCCUCACCGAGUUCAACUACGCCCGCCUCCACCGGUCGCGCGGCCAGGCUGCGUUCACCGCCUGCCCGGGCUUCGACUUCGCCACCAUCCCCGACGGCCUCCCACCGUCCGACCCCGACGCCACCCAAGACAUCCCCGCGCUCUGCCGCUCCACCAUGACCACCUGCCUUCCCCACCUCGCCGCCAUCCUGGCCCGCCUCAACGGCCCCGCCUCCGGCGUGCCGCCGGUGACGUGCGUCCUUUGUGACGGCGUCAUGUCGUUCGCCUACGACGCCGCCAGGGAGAUCGGCGUGCCGUGCGCCGGGCUCUGGACGGCCAGCGCAUGCGGAUUCAUGGCGUACAACCACUACAAGCAACUCGUUGAGGACGGGCUCGUGCCGCUCAAGGACGAGGCACAGCUCACGGACGGGUACCUGGACACGGUCGUCGAUGGCGUGCCGGGCCUGUGCGACGGCUUCCAGCUGCGCGACUUCCCGAACUUCAUCCGGACGACGGACCGCGAUGACAUCCUGCUAAAUUUCCUCAUCCGUGAGUCCGGCCGCAUGUCGCUGCCCGACGCCGUCAUCAUCAACUCCUUCGACGACCUCGAGAAGCCGGCGCUCGACGCCAUGCGAGCCAUCCUCCCGCCCGUCUACACCCUCGGCCCGCUCCUCCUCCACGUCCGCCGGCUCAUCCCCGCGGGCUCCCCUCUCGACGUCGGCGUCGGGUCCAACCUGUGGAAGGAGCAGGACGGCCUAAUCGAGUGGCUCGAUGCCCGGCCACCGCGCUCCGUCGUGUACGUGAACUACGGCAGCAUCACCGUGAUGACGAACGAGCAGCUGCUGGAGUUCGCGUGGGGGUUGGCCAACAGUGGCUACCCCUUCCUGUGGAACGUCCGGCCCGACCUCGUCAAGGGCGACACGGCGGUGCUACCGCCAGAGUUCCAGGCCGCCAUCGAGGGCCGCGGCCUUCUGACGACGUGGUGCCCGCAGGAGGUCGUGAUCGAGCACGAGGCCGUGGGCGUGUUCCUCACGCACUCCGGGUGGAACUCCACGCUGGAGAGCCUCUGCGCCGGCGUGCCGAUGCUGAGUUGGCCCUUCUUCGCGGAGCAGCAGACCAACUGCCGGUACAAGCGCACGGAGUGGGGCGUGGGGAUGGAGAUCGGCGGCGAGGUGCGGCGGGCGGAGGUGGCGGCGAUGAUACAAGAGGCCAUGGAGGGGGAGAAGGGGGAGGAGAUGCGCCACCGCGCAGCUGAGUGGAAGCAGAAGGCCGCGCAGGCGACGCUGCCAGGUGGCCCCUCCGAGACCAAUCUGGACGGAUUAAUUCAUGUGCUGCAAGGCAAGACAGGUCAAGCCGGAAAGUAAGAAUUGGGUGCAGAAAUCACACGUCCCUGAUUUCGAUCAGAUUCUCAUUCUGUCCAUGUCCAGGGGGAUUUUCGGUGGUUCUGAAUUUGCCUAGUAUUUGAUGAUGUGGAGAGCUGCUCUUAGCUUGUAGCGCGCGUGUUGUUCUGUUUUGUUUCUUAUGUAAACAUUAACCGGUCCAUUUAUCAGAAUAUUUGCCCAGUGGCCAGAUAGCAGUGUUGCCUCCUAGCCGGCGCCGGUUCAAACUCAGGUCUCACACCUUCUUAAUUACUAGUAAAAGUGUGUAAUCUAAAGCUAAACAACGAACCGAAACAAGGUUCAGUUUGGCCUUAGGAACAUGAUGGAGAUAUUCAGCCUAACCUAACAUCUACCAGACACAUGAUCCUUUACCAAUUAGGAAAAGGGAUGAAAUUGCAAAGAAAGCUUUGCUAUCUGAAGCUAAACGACGAACGGAAACUAGGUUCUUUUUGGCCUUAUGAACAUGAAGGGGGCAUUUUCAAUUGGAGAUGUGUGACAGAGGUAGGAACAAUAGAAUGCCCAACGUAAACAAUUCUCAUACCUGCUGGCAUUGUGGAAUUGGUCAUUGCCACUGUACCUAUCCCGUACCGUUAACUUUUGAGCUCCCGGGUAAUAUGGUCAGUAGCACCAGUAUCAGCAGAUCAAUUGGUGUUACAUCUGGUUUGCUCACGUGAUAUGAAGG